UCAGCAUUACUUCUAUUUAUUUUGCGCCUUUAAAGUUUUUGGCGACUCCACGGAUUUACGUGCACUCUCAUCGUCGUUCGUGGGCUGCAUUAAUUUAAAGAAACAUAGGUGUUGACAUGCAUCAGUUUGAUUUGACACACGACUAACUUUACUAUUACUAAAAGUAUUAAAAACGUUUUAUAUAUGAUGGCAGCUAUUAACGGUGCGAAUGGUGUUAACAGAGGGAUCAGUGAAAACGGUGUCACAAACGAAAUCAAAGCAUCAGCCCUAGACCUCAUUGGUGAAACUCCGAUUGUCGCCCUUGACAGAUUGUACACGGGUCCUGGUCGUAUUCUGGCAAAGUGUGAGUUCAUGAAUCCAGGCGCGUCAAUUAAAUGCCGCUCAUCAUUGUACAUGAUACGGAAGGCGCUCGAAAACGGACAGCUAAAACCUGGCGGACCCGUCCUGGAAGUGACUUCUGGCAACCAAGGCUGCGGUCUCGCGGUAGUAUGCGCUGUGCUCGGUCAUCCACUCACACUUGCCAUGUCCGAAGGUAACAGUGCUCAACGAGCGAUACAUAUGGAAGCCUUGGGCGCUAAAUGCGUCCGGGUUCCUCAAGUCGAAGGCACAUAUGGUAAAGUAACAUUCGCUGAUGUUAUGGAAGUCAUAGCGGAGGGAACGCGGCUAGUUGAUGAGCUGGGAGCAUACUAUGUAAACCAGCUUUGUAAUGAAGCAAACGUGGAGGCUCAUUACGAGACGACGGGACCUGAAAUUUGGCGGCAAACAGGACACCACGUAGAUGUUUUCGUAGCUACCGUAGGAACGGCCGGUACAUUCACGGGAACCUCAAAGUAUUUGAAAGAAAUGAAUCCAAACUUACUAUCUUUUGUAGUGGAACCAGAUGGGUCCGAGCCUAUCAAAGGAAAGGAGAUCACGAAGCCAUUGCAUUUACUUCAAGGAUCUGGAUAUGGAUGUGUACCGAAUCUAUUUGAAUUUGAGUAUAUGGAUGGCACAGUUAGUAUCACAGACGAAGAGGCCAUAAAGUACAAAAAAUUAAUUGGUGAGAAAGAAGGUUUGUACGUGGGGUACACGAGUGGAGCUAACGUGGCCGCCGCUGUACACCUCCUGCAGUCAGGAAAGGUGCCAAAAGACGCGUGGGUGGUGACUACAUUGAACGACACGGGACUAAAAUACUCCCCUGUACCCGAGGAAACUGCGUAAUCCAGAUAAUAGGUUAUAAUGUGAUCCUUGUAUAAUGCAUUGUAAUAUUAUUCUUGUAAAAGUAGUGAUUGGGCUAAUUUUUUUCUUGAUAUUCUUAUUUUUUUUAAAUGUUGUAUAAAUUGUUAUUCAUAACUGAUUUUUAAUAUCGAUUUAUCGAGGUUGUUUAACUCUAAUUUACAAUUUUUCAAGGUAGAGUUAUUAUUUUGAAAGUGAUUUAAAAUUGAACAAUACGCGUAGAUUUUUAAAAAAGAAUUAAAACAAUGCAAUUAGAAUUAUACGUCAGAAAAAGGAAUUAACUAUAUAUCGAUUUAAUAAAGUAUGUGGUAUAUUUAAAUGUAAAAAAAAUUUUAUCAUUUUCGUGCCACUUAAGCGCGGCCGGCUUCUGUGACGUCAUUGACAACCGUAUCCGCUCAUGUCACUUCGGUGUGAACAUCAGUGUUUGAUUGGUGAUGACCUAUGUAAUAAAUAAACGAAACAUUUCAAUAGUGAAUUUAUCAAAAAAAAAAUAAUUACAGUAGAUAUGUACUUUGUAUUGGCAACACAGCGUCAAAAGGACAACGUGGACCUUCCACUAAUAGC